AUGGCAAAGGGCCGGGCAGACUCAGUGGGGAUGCCGGAGCCAUUGGGUAGUGGGGGUGGCCAGUGCCAGAGCAGCGCUGUCGGUCGCUGUCGGUCCGAUGGGUCCUUUCAGCAGAAGAAUAUAUUCGCCAGUUUGCUCAUACUGAGCGCGAUUUGUUGCUUCAUCGAAUGUAACGAUGUCAUCUCGUCGAAAGGGGACACUCCUUCAAUAUCAGCAAAAAAUACAGUAAUGGCCGUAUUCAGUCCAAUGGUCAAAUCACCCGGGCCGUGCAAGUUUCUGUCCGGUACACGCAAACAGAACCAUCAGUGCCGGCGUGAUAUCGGACUUCCAGAAGCAAUCAAGGAAGCACGCCGACUAGCCGUUACGCACUGUGAGGAACAGUUUCGAUACGACCGGUGGAACUGUUCGAUAGAAACGAGAGGCAAGCGUAAUAUUUUCAAAAAGGUGUAUCGUGAAACGGCUUUUGUGCACGCACUCACUGCUGCCGCGAUUACACACGCAGUUGCACGUGCGUGCGCCGAAGGAAGAAUGACCAAAUGCCAGUGUGCUUCCGAGCGAAAACCCGAGGCUACGAGACUUGCCUUUCGAUGGGGUGGCUGCAGCGACAAUCUAAAGCACGGUAAACGAGUCGCGCGAAACUUUCUCGAGCUGCAGCCGCGAAAUAGUGAUCCCGUCACUGAAAUGCUACGACACGAUAGUGAGGUUGGCAUAAGUGCAAUUACUAGUGCAAUGACGGAUCGUUGCAAAUGCCACGGCGUGUCGGGAUCCUGCUCGAUGAAAACUUGCUGGAGAAGGCUAGGCGAUUUUAACACGACUGCUGCACUGCUGAGGACGAAAUAUCAUCUUGCCAUACGGAAGAUUCCUGUUAACAAUAAAACAUCUCGCCGAUCAGCUUCGCGAGAUUACCGCCCAAGGGAAACGAUCUACGAUCAGCUGUACUACUUCGAAACCUCACCCACGUUCUGCUCGGUGACACGUGGCCGACGCUGUCUGCAUCCGGACAACUGUGCGACACUCUGCUGCGGACGCGGAUACACCACCAAGGUCAUCAAGACGCUCGAAAAGUGUCGUUGCCGGUUUACGAACGGCCGCUGCUGCCAAGUGGUGUGCGAUUACUGUGAAAAGUACGAGGAUCGAUAUUACUGUAAAUAAUAGUUUCAUC